AUGGACAUUUUAAAAUUCCCCAAACAUUUGAUUCCUGAAGAAGCAUUUUGCCACCACUGCCCAAACCGCAUAGUCCUCAGUGACCCUGUGUGCAUCACACACAAAGCCAUUUCAGGCAUUGUAGAAGACAUUUCAACCUACUACAAAAGUUGUCCACAGUGUACGAUGAUGUACAGGUACCAGGAGUGGAGCAGUGGUUUGCAUAAUUUCAACGAUCAUGUUAUCCUGGAAAUAUCUCUGUGUCUCACUAUAAGGCACAUGUUGCAGGUACACACUGCAGUCAGCCGAAUAGCCGAGUAUUUGGAGUUAUCAACUGGUGUGAAGUUUCCUUCACCAGGCAUUAUUCUUCAUGGCUACCUACAUUUCGAGGCACUGACAGACCAUGAAUACCAGUAUUCAUGUGUCACCUGUGGUGACCAUCCACCAGUGGUUAUCAUGGACCUUCACAGGAAGACAUCUUUCCACCUCUCUGGUAAAUAUUGCUUAAGCCUAAUCAAAAGUAUACAGACUGUGCUGAAGGUCAACAAUGAGGUGGAAUUCCUUCUUGGCUUCCUGUUUCCAGAGCCGCAGGGGGCAGCACCGGCCCUGAGCCUCCGCACUUCCGCCGGCACAGUCGCCAUGUCUCCCGCGCACAGGACUCACUUGGCGGCUCUCCUCUGGCUGCUGUCCGGGGGCACAGCGGCGCUCCUCCUGUACUGUUACCCGCUCCUGCUCUACCUCUUUCUGCUGCUGCUGCUCCUGUGCGGCGUCCUCCUGCUCCUGGGGCCCUCCGGAGCUCUCUCUGCCCGGCCUGGGGGCCACCUCCACGCCGUGCUGCGGCGCUGGGCUCGGGCUUGGGGCACCGCGCCUCGGCUGGACCAAGGCAGGAACAGCGGGAAAGGAAAGCUCUCGUCCCGGGGAUCGGAGCAGAGCUACGGCCUCCUCACGCACAGAGCGAGGCCUGUGGAUCGCGGUCUGUACCGUGUGGACCCUCUCAGCACGGAGCUCUUCAGCCCCCGUGACGUCCUCAUGGGCAGUUACCUCUCCAGAGCGGACAGUCCUCCCCAGGAGAACCUCCUCAGGGGCAGGAACCCACGACAGCAGCUGCGGGACGGUCUCGCCAAACCCAACUAUGCCGUCUACACGCCCAACCGCCGCCUCUCCUUCGCCGCAGAGCCCGUGAGCACAGGGGCCCGCUUCACCAUCACCCCUCAGCGGCACUACCCUCUGCAGCAGCAGGGGGCGUCUCCUGUGGGGGUCCUGCCUCCGUUCAGAUGGGACGGCUUCAGGCAGAAGAGCGUCCUCAGUCCCCGCAACAGUGUGUGCAGCCCCGUGACGGUGAAGAUCGGCCGCCCCGACGCCGCCGCGCACAGUUUGGAGAGCCCUGUGUUCACCCAGGCCCCAGUCGACCCCUGCUCCAGAGAGAGCGUCCUGAAGGUGCUCCGGGAAAACCGCAAGAGGGAGGUGGACGUGGAGGAGGUGGAGGAGGAGAGCAGCUUCUCAGGCCAACACCGCAGCAAGAGGAGGCGUAAUGACAGUGGAGGAAGUGCUCAGUCUGCCUUCGAGCCGCUGCUACCCAAUGGGAUGACCCCUCAGCUCAUCCCCAAGCCAGGGACCCUGAAGAGGGGGCUGGCGGUGGCCUCGGAGGAGCAGAGCCUGAAGCGCUCUCGCACCUCCUCCGUGAGCUCGUCCAGCGGAGCCCCCACCUCCAGAGCGACCCCCAGCUCCCGGAGGAACCCCAUCUCCAGCUCCUACAGCUCCUCCAAGGGGCUAGGACAGCGGAAGAGGCCGAUCACUGCAUCUCCUCUGUCCAGCCCUGGACUUUCCCGCGCUCAUACCCCUGAGUGCAGCUCCAAGAAGACCAGAGAAGAGAACCCGGAGAGUCCGAGCCCAGAGCCCUGUGUGCAGUCGGAGCGAGGUCCAGGAGUCCCACCUGAGCGCGAGAUUUCCUCGGCUCUUCCUGCUGACCCUGGUGUAAGCUCCAGAGAAGGCGCUGGGAGCGGAGGCAAACGUAGACGCAAGAUCCAGCUCAUGACCAGAGAAGAAAGCCUCAACCUGCCUCCUCCUCCAGAGCUGGGCUACACCAUCACAGUGAAGGACCUGGAUGAUGAGAAACGCAACGCUUUGGACAAGAUCCACAAGCUCCUGGAGACUCCUUCUGCUGAGCCCGCCUCCUCCAGUGGGACCAUGCCUGCUGUGAGUGUGAGCCUGAGCACCGCCAGCACCCUCAGUCUGAGUGUGGGGGCUGUGACCUCCAUGGGGGGCAGCGCUGCUCCAGCUCAGACCAACAUCCUGCUGGAGUCUCUGAAGAGGAAGACUCCAGCCCCAGCUUCAGUGACCUCCGCUUCCCUGGGCUCUGGGAUCACCUCUCCUGCUGGAGGAGGGGGCACCUCCUCCAGUGCGGUGUCCGAGAGCUCCUCUGUUCUGCCCUCGGGCUUCAAACCAAUCUUCCUCCCUUCCACCCCGUCCACCACCACUGCCACCGAAGAGCCCAAACCAGCUCACAGCUUUAAGCCCAUCUUCAGCUCUGUUUCCACCUCCGGGAGCACGUUUGGGUCCACUGCCGCUGGGACCGUCCCACCGAGCUCCUCUCAGAAUGUUUGGAACGUCUACCACCGCACCAUCUGCCACACAGAUGUUUGGAACGUCUACCACCGCACCAUCUGCCACACAGAUGUUUGGAACGUCUACCACCGCGCCAUCUGCCACACAAAUGUUUGGAACGUCUACCACCGCGCCAUCUGCCACACAGAUGUUUGGAACGUCUACCACCGCACCAUCUGCCACACAAAUGUUUGGAACGUCUACCACUGCGCCAUCUGCCACACAGAUGUUUGGAACGUCUACCACCGCACCAUCUGCCACACAGAUGUUUGGAACGUCUACCACCGCACCAUCUGCCACACAGAUGUUUGGAACGUCUACCACCGCGCCAUCUGCCACACAGAUGUUUGGAACGUCUACCACCGCGCCAUCUGCCACACAGAUGUUUGGAACGUCUACCACCGCGCCAUCUGCCACACAGAUGUUUGGAACGUCUACCACCGCGCCAUCUGCCACACAGAUGUUUGGAACGUCUACCACCGCGCCACCUGCCACACAAAUGUUUGGUUCCUCUACGACGACGUCUGCUCCACAAACCUUUGGGACUUCCACCACCACAGCAGCUACCACACAAAUGUUUGGGACCACCACCUCCGCGCAGUCAGUCCCACAAAUGUUUGGCGCCUCUGCUACAGCAUCAGCCCCACUAACCUUUGGGACCUCCACCAAACCGUCUGCUUCACUGACAUUUGGCACCACAACCACACAUCUGCCACACAGAUGUUUGGUGCCACAACAGCGUCUGCUCCACUCUCCUUUGGAACCACACCCACUGCAGCUGCCACACAAAUGUUUGGGACCACAACCACAUUACCGCCUCCUCCCCCUUACGGGACCAACACCUCCACACAGGCUCCUCCCACUUUUGGCUCUGCUGCCUCCACGCAGGCCCCUCCCACUUUUGGCUCUGCUGCCUCCACGCAGGCCCCUCCCACUUUUGGCUCUGCUGCCUCCACGCAGGCCCCUCCCACUUUUGGCUCUGCUGCCUCCACGCAGGCCCCUCCCACUUUUGGCUCUGCUGCCUCCACGCAGGCUCCUCCCACUUUUGGCUCCACCUCCACCACGCAGGCCCCUCCCACUUUUGGUUCCACCUCCUCCACGCAGGCCCCUUCCACCUUUGGCGGGACCAGUUCCCAGUCUUUCAUCUUUGGAAAGUCGUCAUUGGAGUCCAGUUCUUUGCCGUCCUCCUUCGGUUCUUCAACAGAAGUUCCUAAAGCGUUCCCGUUUGGUGCCGCACCUUCGACCCUCGUGCAGACUGUUCGAGUGGAUGCGGCCCCCAGCGUGACCCCUUCCUUUGGGACGAAGCCUUCCUUCUCCUUCGGCAGCUCCACGGCUGCCGCUCCUCAGAGCGCUGGAACCUUCAACUUUGGCAGCUCCUCUCAGCCGGCCCCCCCCUCUAACACACAGCCCCCCACACAGUUCAAUUUUGGAGCCGCGGCCCCCGUACAGUUCGGAGCCCCAACCAACAAUGCGGGGCCCCAGAUGGGAUUCUCGUUUGGGGCCACAAACUCUGACAAAUCAGCCUUUGGGACCACGGCCCCUGUGUUCAGGACCUCUGCUCCUGCUCCCAUUCCCUUUGGAAGUCCUGGGGGUGUCGGCCAGAGCUUCAAUUCUGCUCCAUUUGGAUCUCCAUCCACGCCCUCCUUCUCCAUCGGUGCUGGCUCCAAACCUUCAGCCGCACGACAGAGGCUCCAGGCCCGACGGCCACACACCCGUAAGAAGUAG